UCGAAUGCAUGAGUUGCUGCCGACAAUCAUGAGUCAUUAGGUUUCAUAAAAGCGAAAACUAUUCAUUUAUGAUCAUUACAUUGUAAUCUAACACUUCACUUUUAUAUUGUUUAACAUUUCUCUUCUGAACAGAAUUUUCGUUAAUGUUUAUCUGUUGAACACGGAUUAUACCGAAAAAGCUUAAUCAUAGACAGACAUUUGGUUUCAUUGGUUUGAAAACAGGAAAAAUGGUUACUAAUGUGUUCUUGAUUCUGUGCGUGUAUUCGUAUUGUUUUGGGAAAGGUAGCUAUUCACAUUCAAUAGAAGACACCGAAACCUUGUGGUCCACUCUAACAAAGGAUUACAACAAGAAUCACCGCCCCAUCGUAGACCAAAACAAGGCUAUAAAUGUGGAUAUCAAUUUUGCUCUUUACAGCAUUCAGGAAAUUAACGAAUUAACGGGUAAAAUUUCGAUUACCGGAACCUUGGAGUUAAUAUGGAAAGAUGAGAUGCUGGAAUGGGAUCCAGCCGAAAACAACUAUAUCUACUCACUGAUGAUUCCUAUCUCCGAAGUAUGGUAUCCACCAUUGAUUAUAUCGAAUCCAGAUUCCUCCGCCACAGCCAUCAAACUUGAGGACAGAAGUGUUGUACGGCUAUUGUCAGACGGAACAAUCAUGUUCUACCCUUCUGGUGUAUAUUCGGUGAAUUCUCCGUUGGAUUCGAAGUAUUAUCCUUUUGAUAAACAGUCCUUCACCAUCGAAUUCGUUGUCCCUGGCUUCAUCAGCACAGAAGUGAAUCUAAACGCAGGAGAGACGUCAUACUUGUCAUCGACUUUCGAUGGGAAUGGUGAAUGGGCUCUUCUUGAUUUGAAAAGAGAGGUGGCAAUAUGGAACAAUGUUACUCCUGUUGCGUUGUUCACCGUCAGCUUAGAGAGAAAGUCAACCUAUAUGAUUGUGAACAUCAUAAUGCCAAUAGUAUUCCUUGCUGUGAUUAACCUCCUAGUAUUUAUACUGCCACCCGACGCCGGGGAACGGGUAUCAUACGCAGUGACCCUUCUCCUCUCCUUGGCCGUGUUUAUGACCUUGGUUGGGGAUAACCUGCCGAAAACGUCUGACCCACUGCCUGUUCUAAGUUAUUACCUGCUAGCAACCCUGACAACUAGCACGCUCAUGUGUGUUUUGGCAGUGUUGAAUCUCGUUAUCUUCCAUAAACCCGAAAAGUCUCGUCCCCAAAAGAUCAUUGCUUUCAUAGCUACCACAGUCCUUUGCAGAAAGUCGAUUUGCAAAUCACAUAAAGUAGAAGAUAUUUCUUUGCCGGCAGAAAGCAAACCAACAGCAGAGAAAAGUCGUGAAGCACUGAAGGUCGCAUUCGGGGAAGACUGCGACGUCUCAUUAACCUGGAAGGAUGUUAGUUACGCUGUUGAUGUCCUGUGUUUUUUCUCGUUUCUUAUUGCUUUGAUUGUUAUCAAUAUCUACUACCUUUUACUUUUAACGUCAAAUUAGUUCUCAUGAAACUGUUUGUGGUGUUUUAUACUCGUUAAUAUUGCAUGCUGUUCAUGGUUACCCUUCUUCCAGCUGAAUUCAUAUUAGCAUGCCUUAAUUAUAUGAGAUGUAUUAUUUGUAUUUUUCCUAACCAUGGUUAUGAGUUGCUAAAAAGUAAAAUUUAUAUAUAUCCUGUUUUUCUUGUGUUCCUGUAAUAAAUCUUUUUUUAUGAAAAACAUCGAAAUGAAUGUGGGAUAAUAAAUGUCUUUCCGUUCACAUUCUUUGAUGAAAUGCCUUUUUUUACAUUCGUGUUCAUUCAAUAUUUGUAUUGGUGUAUACUUUAUGUAUGCAUGGCUGAACGUCGUAAACACAAUAUAUCUUGUUAAAGUAUUUUCUUCAAUGAUUUCUUUCUGAUCGCAAACUAUAAUCAAAGGAUCUGUAAACAUCAAUUAAAAUGUAGGCUCUUAAUAACGAAAUACAAUCUUAGUCGAUACCUUUGGUCUAAUUCACAUUUAUCUGAAUGAUCCACUCAUAUUAAUUACAAAUAAACACUGAAGAAUAUUUAAACAAUAUGUAUGGGUAAAUUAAUCUAAUCUGGUUUCGUUUUGGGUGUCAUGUACGAACCAUUUGAAAGUUGUGGCUUUUUUGUAUCUUAUUUGUCCGCUUCAAUGAAUAACACAAACACUGAAUAUAUGGGUGUAUGGGGUUAAAUAAAUAAAUUU